AUGUCAAAAACUAGAGACGAGUCUCAUUUAGGAUCAAUAUCUCAACAAAAACCUCAACCAAUGUCCAAAACAACAAUAAAAUCUAAACAGAAUGCAUCAUGGCCUAAAUUAUACCCAGUAGUAACUUUACUUUCUCUUAUAGCCGGAAUUUAUAUAUUUGUGCCGAUAGGCACAUUCUCAUUACGGACUACCUUCUUAUCUCCCCAGACUGAGCAAGUACAAAGAUUGCCAACCCAAUUUGAACAGCUACAUCAAUCAUCAUCUAAUGAAGCGAAAGAGGUACUCGCCGAGACUUUAAGGUUAUUGCACGAGUUGCUCACCGAAAUUAACAGUGAUAACGAUGAUUCCAAUGCCCUAACAACCAAUAAGAAAUCUAACUCGCUUAUGCCCCGAGGAAUUGUAUCCGAAAUUUCAGGAAUUCUACAAGGUGCAGUUACUGGUGCUCUUAGCGGUGAACUCGAGGAUUCUAUCGGAGAUGCUGCAAAGUUCCUCGGAAUGGGCCUCGGUGGUGGGGCUGUUACUGGCUUGUUAAAUAGUACUAUGGGAGGGGCAGCUCUCAAAAAAAUGGCACCCGCUACCACGAAGGCUACAGGAUUGAACUUGGUCGCUCAAAAUCUAGGCGAGGGACUGAGUUCAUCUGUCGUUGGAUCGGUCAAUAUUUCAGCAUUAGCCCCUGCCGCACCAAGUGUAGACACGCUAUUACCAGCCUCUCGAGCACUUGCACAAGGAAUUGGAAGUGGUGCAGCAUCUGGCCUUAAACUUAAAGCAGUUGAUCCCAAUGCUUUCAAUAACACUGGUAUUCCAGGCGUUGCUGGAAGCUUCGGGCAAGGCUUAACAAUGAGCUUCCUCGGAGGAAUUGAUUUCAAGAAGGCAGCUGCCAUGAUGGCGCCCAACGUUAGCUCUGUGCAACUUAACUCAGCUGCGCUAUCUCUCGCUCAAGGAUUAGGUAGCGGAGCUGCGUUUGGCGUAAAAUUGACGACUAAACCGCCUUCAAACACAUCCUUCAACACUGACGGAAUUAAUGGUGUUGCUGGCAGUGUAGGUCAAGGGUUAACAACAAGCUUCCUACAAGAUAUUGACUUCAAUCAACUGAAAAUGAUGGCUGCUACAAUGGCACCUAAUAUCAGCUCGGAGCAAAUUAAUACAGCAGCGCUUUCUCUCGCCCAAGGUCUCGGUAGUGGAGCAGCAUUCGGAGCAAAGUUAUCUACCACACCGCCAGCUCCUAACACUUUCAACACUGACGGAAUUAACGGUGUUGCUGGAAAUAUUGGUCAAGGACUAACGACAAGCUUCCUCCAAGAAGUUGACAUAAACCAGCUAAAAAUGAUGGCUGCCACAAUGGCGCCUCAGCUCACCUCGGCUCAAAUCAACACAGCAGCACUAUCUCUCGCCCAAGGUCUGGGAAGUGGAGCUGCCUACGGAGCGAAUCUAUCUGCCACGCCACCUCCUAACAACACUUUUAACACCGACGGAAUUAACGGUGUUGCUGGUAAUGUAGGUCAAGGAUUGACGACAAGCUUUCUCAAAGGAGUUGAUAUUAAUCAGCUCAAAAUGAUGGCUGCCACAAUGGCACCUCAGCUCACCUCGGCUCAAAUCAACACUGCAGCCCUAUCCCUCGCCCAAGGUCUCGGUAGUGGAGCAGCAUUUGGGGCCAAGUUAUCUACUAAGCCGCCUUCAAACACCACUUUCAACACUGAUGGCAUUAAUGGAAUUGCCGGUAAUGUAGGUCAAGGAUUAACGACAAGCUUUAUCCAGGAAGUUGAUCUUAAUCAACUGAAAAUGAUGGCUGCUACAAUGGCGCCUCAACUUACUCAGGAACAAAUCAACACUGCAGCCCUAUCCCUCGCCCAAGGUCUCGGUAGUGGAGCAGCAUUUGGGGCCAAGUUAUCUACUAAGCCGCCUUCAAACACCACUUUCAACACUGAUGGCAUUAAUGGAAUUGCCGGUAAUGUAGGUCAAGGAUUAACGACAAGCUUUAUCCAGGAAGUUGAUCUUAAUCAACUAAAAAUGAUGGCUGCGUCAAUGGCACCUCAGCUUACCCCGGCCCAAAUCAAUACAGCCGCUCUAUCACUUGCUCAAGGACUUGGGAGCGGAGCAGCAUUUGGAGCAAAAUUGACAACUACACUUCCAAAUAACUCCUUCAACAGCGAUGGAAUUAAUGGAAUAGCUGGUAAUGUUGGUCAGGGUCUAUCUGCAUCAUUUAUCAAGGACAUUGAUUUCAAGGCUCUUGCAGGCUCUGGUCCAGGAAUUCCACGACAACAAAUACUAGAAGCAGCUCAGGGCUUAGGCUCAGGUCUAGCAGAAGGAGCAGUGGUAGGUGUUGGUCUCCAACCUGACACUUCCAUGACAAACCCCAAAAUGGAUACGGGAGGUAUGGGAGAGAUAACCGAAAAUUUCGGAAGAGGUCUCACACAAUCUUUCCUCUCCAAUGGCACCCUAUUUAAGGCGAUGGCUUUACUCAUGCAGCAGCCUAAGACAGGCCCUCAACUCAAUGUUAUGGCAGUUGCAAAAGGCUUUGCAAUGGGUCUUGUGGAUGGCGCGCAAACCAGUGUAGACAAUGCUGGCGGCCUUGGAUCAGUCCUCAAAAUGAGUCCACAAGUCAGCAAUGAGAUGUCAGGAAACUCCAUGAACAUGACUGGCUUCGACGAUUCUGUUGGCGGCGCUGCGAUGGGUUUUGGGAGUGGACUCGGUCUUGAAGCUACUAGAGGUGUUCUUCAAGCCUUAGGAAAACCGCCGAUGAAUGUUCCUGCCAUGUCCAACGCUGCAAGCAAUCCCUCUGGAUCGACAGCAGGAGCUGCGCCCGAAUCUAGCCCGGCUAUGCCAAGUAAUAUGACUGCAGUCAAACUCCGUAGGCGCCAGGAUGCCACGAUAACAGCAUCUUCAAUUAGCGCAAACUUAACCGCAAACGGUCCAGUAUUUGACCUUACCAACUUAAAUGAAACGAUAAAUCCUCUUUUACAAAAAGGAUCCAACAUAAUUGGGUGUCAAGGGAUUGGUGGAUUGGCGGCCGUCGCUAUUUCUGCUUUUCUUAACGCAUACUUCCGGGGGCAGAUUCAGCUUAGUACACUUCAAAACUCUGCAAAUAGCCAGACUACGGCUAAAAUCGCCGCUCUUAUCAAUCAAACUUUCCAGUUCACCGACUCUAGUGGCAAUAACUUUGUAAUCAAUAUCAAGGAAAUGCUUGUUCUUGUAAACGGAAACUCAUUGCAAAAGGAAAUCGUAGUUCUCGUCGGACACAUUCUUCUGGCCUGUAUAGCAUUCGCUCUAGUCAUUCCCAUUAUUCUUAUCAUUAACUCUGUUCGCAAUUUUGCCGUUACCACAGGCAACCCUGGUGUGCUGAGUAACUACUCCAAGAUCCAGAAAAUUCUUGCUAUCGCUGUAGUACUACCACUAACUCUCAUUAUACUGAUCCUCGGACUUCUUGGCGAGGGUGGUGGAUCACACUUCGCAUCUACUCAUAGUAUCACAGGCCUGCUAUUGAUCUUGCUGACUCUCGCGGCAUUCCCUCUUUCAUUCCUUAGGGAAAACUCGAAGCAAAUGAAGCUGGCUUUCAAUGCGACUGUCGUCAUCAUAAUCAAUUUAAUCAUUGUGGCGUUGAUCACUGGAUUUAGUGAUCUCUCCACGAUCUCAUCUUGCGUUCUACAAUUCAUUCCGCAGUUUGUCCUUGUUUUUACUGGUUUUAUACUUACAGCGCCUCUCCUCAACGCCAUAACACUCCUUACUAUGGAAACUAUCAUUCAAAGAUGGAAAAAAACUGGCGGCCAAGAUGCUCUUCGGGCGGACUCUUUGUUGGGAAAUGAAAAAAGUAACAUGGACAAGGGAAGUUUUAUGAGAAUGUAA